AUGAGUCAAGUACUUGCUCGUCCCUUGGCUCUGGAGGGGCAGAGCUCCAAAUCCUCCGCCAUCCCAGUCCCUGAUGCUCUCUCUCGUCUCCGCCCGCCCCCCUCCCGCAACGGCCAAAUCAAUGUCGACACUUUCUCCCCCGUCAACGAGAAUGGCAGCUUCGAAUUCGAUCGCGUCCUGAAGACCGGUCGGGUCUCCCGGCGCGUCAAGCACAAGCACGUCUUCCGAGCCUCGUGGAAACCCGCCUACCUCGUCCUACGCCCGAAUCUGUUGUCUGUCUACAAAGACGAGGAAACCACCCGUCUCCGCGUCUCCAUCUCCCUCUCCGAAGUCACGGCCGUCGCUCCCGUCAAGUCCCCACGCUCCAAUCGCAAGCACGUCUUUGGCAUCUUUACCCCUUCCAAGAAUUACCGUUUCGAAGCCCUGUCGGAACGCGAUGCCGAAGACUGGAUUAAUCGCAUCCGCGGCGAAACUCCCGCCGACGAAGACGAAGCCGCCUUUCUCGCUCUAUCCAGGAAACGAGAACCACCCGCUAUCCAGAAACAAUUGAUCGAGGAUACCACCGAACAUUCUGAUUUCGAGGGUGCCAGCGCUGGGGCAGGCCGAGCUAGCUCCCCCGAAUUCGGCCAUCGAUUGUCAACAAGCGCCCGCGCCCGCAAACCCCCUUACACACAGGAUUACUCGGGCAACGAGAUCACCUCCUACUCAGAGCUCUCGGAUAAUGGGGGCCCUCCGACUCGAAACAGCCGUCUGCGGUCAAUGCCAUCAAUUCACACCCUGUCUCUCUCGGCACCAGAGGACAAACCCAUGUCCCUGCCGCGAGAUACGAGCCGUCCGUCCGAUCUGGCAAUCCUACGGGACCCGGAGCGAGUGGUUUGCCAAGGCUAUCUACAGGGGCUCCGGAUCAAGGGCACGGUGCGUCAGUGGAAACGGCUGUGGGUGGUCUUGCGGCCGAAGAGUCUGGCUUUCUACAAGGAUGACCAGGAAUAUUCGGCCAUCAAGAUCAUCUCCAUGUCCCAGGUGAUCGAUGCGGCGGAGGUGGACCCCAUGUCACGGUCCAAGACUUUUUGCAUGCAGAUCAUUGCCGAGGAGAAAACGUAUCGCCUUUGUGCUCCGGAUGAAGAGUCCCUUGCGCGAUGGCUAGGCUCGUUGAAGAGUAUUCUUGCCCGUAAGAAGCUCGAGGCUGGGCCGUCCGCGGUGUAA